UGCGUUGUUUCUCUCUCUUAAUUUUUUUUUCCUUUUUUUUUGUGGUUAUAAAAUAUAAACACGGCAAAUGUGAUUCUCAAUCACAAUUUUUAUUCAAACCCCAUGAUAAAGUACAUUGCAAGUACAAACUCCAAGUCUUUUUUUUCUGCCAUUCCUAGGUACUCUUAGAUCUCGGUCGGGAACUUCAUUGGAAAAAAGGGUAAUUUACAACGGUACCGAUGGCGCCCAGAAGCACUCUUAGUAGGAACGAUAAUUCUAUGGCGGAACGGCGGUUGAGACCGAUUUAUGAGUGGAUAGACAAUGGAAAUUAUAAAAAGGCCUUGCACGAGUUGGACAAAUUAAUAAAAAAAUUACCCAGUCAGAAUUGUUCUAAAGCAUUGAAGAGCUUAACAUUAGUUCGACUUGGAAAAGACCAAGAGGCACUAACAUUGUUGAAAGAAGUUAGAGAGUGCAAACCAUCUGAUGAAUCGACAUUACUUGCGUUGACAGCUUGCUAUAGAGAACUUAAAAAACCUCAUAUGGUAUGUGAAGUAUAUGAAGAUGCUUUACUACAAGAUCCAGUCAACGAAGAGUUAUUGUCUAGUCUUUUCAUGUCCUAUGUCCGUGUUUGUGAUUACAAAAAACAGCAGCAGACUGCAUUAGCUCUUCAUAAAGUUAAACCAAAUAACCCAUAUUAUUUUUGGGCUAUAAUGAGUAUUGUUAUGCAGGCAUAUCAAGCAAAUGAUGAAAUAUCAAAAAGAAUUACUUUACCAUUAGCAGAACGAAUGGUACAAAAAUAUAUUAACGAAGACAAAAUUGAUGCUGAACAAGAAAUUCAAUUGUAUUUGAUGAUAUUAGAUAUGCAGAAAAAAUACAAAGAAAGUUUAGAUAUUCUUAAUGGACCACUCGGUGAAAAACUACAUCGAACUGUUGGUCUCACGCGAAAAAAAAUUGAUAUUUACUUUGAAUUGGAAAUGUAUGCUGAAGCAAACUCAUACCUAAAAAGUUUACUCCUUAAAGACAUAGAUUCGUGGAUUUACUAUACUAAAUAUUAUGAUUCAUUAUUUAAAAUAAUUGAAUCUAAAGAUAAGUACCUAAACUGCAAUGGCAAUACUGAUCAUGUACCUCACUUUGACUCGUCUAUAGAAGAAGCUUUGUUGUUCCUAAAUGAAUUGCAAAAAUUAAAUUCUGAGCAAAACUAUCCUCAAAGAGGAGUAUACCUCGCUCGCCUUGAGUUAUAUUCUAGAUUAAAAGAAAAUGCUUAUAAAUAUAUGGGCGAUGCAGUCAAUCUUUUAACUGAAUAUUUUAAGAUAUUUGGACAAAAGCCAUGCUGUUUUUACGAUCUAAGACCGUAUAUGUCACUUUUAAAAGAAGAAUUACUUGAUGAGUUUUUGAAGGUAUUGGAUAAAAUUGUUGAUUUAAAAGAAGGAGAGUUCCCAAAAACUAAACCUCAAAUGGAAUGUUAUUUAUCAUUUCUCCAAUUAGCUAGACAUGUUGGAAUUCAUGACCUCAUGAACACAGAAGAAAAGUUAAAACUUGCUGAUCGCUUACUCAGGUGCUAUCACAGAUGUGAGAUAUUUAAUAAUAGCAAAAGAUCUUCAGAAAUAAUGGCAAAUGACACUUUUGUUAUAAUGAUGGCACAUUUAAUGUAUGACAUUUGGGUUGAAAACAAUAGACUCACAUAUAUAAGGGAAGCAACUGUUGUGCUUGAGUAUGCGUAUGCUCUAAGUCCCUCAAACUUCCAUAUAAAAUUGUUAUUAUUAAAAUUUUACCAUAUGUUAGGAGCAUCUGAUGCAUCAAAUUUAGCAUAUAUAAAUUUAGAAAUAAAAAAUACUCAAUUGGAUUCAUUAGGUUACCUACAUACUUUUCAAUUGUUCAAUGAAGGUCGUUUCCAGAAUGCAUCCAAACUGUACUCUACAACUGUCAGAUUCUUCUCACAUAACUAUCGAGAGGUUGCGGAUCAUUUAACAAUAUCAUACAAGUUUGGAUCUUUUAUCAAAAUUAUUGAAUUUGUAGAAUUUAGAGAAAAACUAAAAUAUUCUAUUCAUAAUUCUAUGUGUAUUGUUGAAAACUAUUUAAUUUCGUUACUUGAUGUUGAUAAUCUGGAAGAUUGCUUAGAGAUUGUAUUAAAAAUGAAUGAUGUGCCUGAAAUUGCUUCAAAAUCACAGCUCAAAAAAAUGAUUAAUAAUAGAGACUAUUCAGUUCUAAUCAACUACAAUCCUCCUACACGAUGCUUAACUACAGAACAUGCAAAUCAAAUAUUUUCUCAUGAUUUGCGUUUACUAGAAAUCCGUGCUGUCUUAUUAAGUUGUAUUUAUUACAGCGCAAGAAUGUUAAAACAGUUCAGUGCUCGAAAUAUUAGGUCAACUUCUGAAGUAAAUGAAAUUAAUCCUGAUGACGAAUCUCUCAAUUCAGAUGGCUUAGAACAAUUGGAUUUUCAUUUGAAAAGUCUGAUAAACUUAAACAGUCAAUUGGAAAGUGAUCCUCCAAUGCCAGUUCCUAAUAAUGUAUUUGGAAGUUUUUUUGGAUCUAAGUUAUUUGGCUUAAAUAAAUCUAAGUAUAUGUUGAACAUUGUUAUCAACUUCAUUGAACUGAUACAAACAAUAGGAUCAGAUGUAAAAAAUUCUGUUUCCCCAGAUGAUGAGUGGACAUCAAAAAUGAAAAUUAAUGCUAAUGAACUAACCAUUGCAUUUGAAAAGUCAAUUACUUAUUGUAAUUCUAUCAUUUCAAAAACAAUUAAUGAAAUAGAUUCUAGUCUAAAAUUAGAAGGAAGAAAAGAAGUAUUAGAAAUACUUACAAAUAUGAUAGAUACUUUGAACAUUUCAUGUGUAUUUCUUUCCUUAGCAACAUACUUUAUAAAAAGUUUUCAAAACAAAAUAGUUUCUGAUCCAAAGAAAACAAAAGCAAAACGAAAAACUCAUUCUUCUUCCUAUAAUUCUGAGGCUCAAUAUAAAGGCAAAUCAGAAAUUUUACGUGAGGUUGUGAAAACUGUUCAAAAUAGCACUAGUCAAGUACUUGUUAGUGUAAAGAAUGUGGAAGAAGCAUGGAAUCGUAUGGGAUGUGGCAAUUCCAAUUCUUUGAUGUUAAAAAAACAUGAUGCAGACUAUACAGUUAAUAAUACUGAUGAAGGAAAGGAAGCUGACAAAAUACGACAGAUCACUGCUGACAGGUGGCGACAGUUAGUAGAUACUAUUGAUAAGAAGAUAGGUGACAGUUAUAGUGGAGCGUUAGAUGAAAUGGUAAAAAUACUAAUAAAGAAACAAACACAAAUCAACAAACUACCAGCGUUUUAAAUGGUAAUUUAUAACUUUAAGAAUACAUGUAAAUAUUUUAUAUUUAUUACAAUAAAUUGGUACCUAAAAAUAUAUGAACAUGUAAUUGA